UCCAACAUGGCCGAUAUCAAAAAGUUGAACGUUCUUAUGUGCGGAACCGGAGAGUACACCACGGGAUGGACUGGUUCUGGAGCGUCGAAAUCAGACAAAAAGAUUGGCGUCGUUGCCCUGACGCUUUUCGACCUUCGGAGAUUGGGCAAGGUCGACCAAUUGGGUAUGGUUGGGGUGAAUGGGGGCAAGUUCCCGGCCAUUCGCCAGCACCUUGCCCAGAACAUUGGCGGGGUUUACAAGGACAUGGAUCUAACCUUCGACGAGUUCCCAAAGGAAGGAAAGGUCGAUCCAGAAGCUUACAAAGAAGCAAUUGAUAAGCUGAAGCCCGGCGAUGCCAUUAUUGUUUUUACUCCCGACAAUACCCACUAUGAUAUCUGCAUCUAUGCGAUCGAACGAGGAAUCCAUGUCCUUGUCACCAAACCAGCUGUCCAAAAGUUGGAACAUCACAAUGCCUUGAUUGAGGCAGCUCGGAAGCACAACGUAGUCGUUUUCGUCGAGCAUCACAAGCGAUACGACCCAGUCUACAGUGAUGCUAAAGCUCGUGCCGCAACCUUGGGCGAGUUCAACUACUUCAAUGCUUGGAUGAGCCAACCCAAGAGUCAAUUGGAGACCUUCAGGGCUUGGGCUGGUAAGGAUUCAGAUAUCAGCUAUUACCUCUCCUCCCAUCACGUCGAUAUUUGCUGCUGGAUCCUCCAAGACAUUGCUAUUCCAACUCGAGUUGUUGCCAGCGCGGCCACUGGUAUCGCCACCAGCGAACCCUACAAUUGUGUGCCUCAAACGGAGGAUACGAUUACUCUAAUGAUUGAUUUCCAAUCUAUCAAGAGCCCCAAGCACAAGGGUACCGCGAUCUCAACAGCCAGUUGGACGGCUCCUCUCAAGGCCGGUGUCCACACCGCCCAGCACUGGUACUACAUGGCUGAAAAGGGAGAUAUCACCGUCGACCAAGCCCACCGAGGUUACGACAGCACUUUCGAUGAAACUGGCAAAGCUUGGUAUAAUCCCUUCUAUAUGAAAUACUCUCCGUCUGCUAGCGGACACUUUGAUGGCCAACGCGGAUACGGCUAUAUCUCGAUCGAAAAGUUCAUUGAGGCUGCUCGUGCAGUCAACGCUGGUCAAGCUCAGCCCGGAGAUUUUGACUCACAAGGCCUCCCCACUCUGGCCAAUACCGUCUUGACCACUGCAAUUCUUCAUGCUGGCAGAAUCAGCCUGGACGAGAAGAGACCGGUCGGGAUCAAAAAGGACGGGGAUAAGUGGAUUUUGGAAUAGAGGAACGAGAGAACAAAUGAAGGACACUGAAUGAGGCGAGUGUAUUAUCUGAGGGCGAUUAUGCGUUGUAUCUUUAUUCCUAUGUGAACGGAGUGACAUCGUAUCAUCUU